AUGUCCAUCCUCUGGUGUGGCCUUGUGCUGUUUGGAACGAUUGCCAUUGCAUUUGCAGUGUACGCUCUAAUAAUGAUAAGAUGGCGCACAUCCCAUAAUGGGUUUUCUCAUCCAGGAUUAACCAUCCCUGCACAGCAGAUGAGCAGUGUUUCACUGAACCUGAGUCCAUAUUCAGCGUCAACAUUCAAGUAUAAGAAAGGAAUAGAGAAUUCUGAAGCACCUGAAACCGAAUCCAUUUUAUGCUUAUCAGGUUAUGAGGAUGAGGAAUACGAUCGACAGCUUUCACAUUGCAGGCACUUAUUUCAUGCUACUUGUAUAGACAUGUGGCUUUACUCUCAUUCUGACUGUCCACUUUGCCGAACACCAAUCCAUCGACUGGAUUCUGAUGAUGGUGUAUUGACAACAGAGAACUCCACAGAGGGCCUGCUAGAUAUUAGAAUUUCAUCUUGA